UUGUCAUCCAUGAAAUAUCAGUGUGUGUUUGUGUGUGUGAGAGAGAGAGAGAGAGAUGGGCAGUCAUGGUGGAGGGGAAGAAGAGGUUCUUCCUUUAUUCGAGACAAAAGAAGCAAGGGGUAGAGUUGCAUAUAGGAUCUUAUCGUCCACAAUAUUAACAGGUAUAUGUUUGAUAUGGGUGUACAGGUUAACAAACAUCCCAACAGCAGAAGAAGCUGGACGGUGGGCUUGGAUUGGCAUGUUCAUGGCCGAACUGUGGUUCGGGUUGUACUGGAUCGUCACUCAAUCUGUUCGUUGGAACGUUAUCUACCGUUUCCCAUUCAAGGACAGGCUCUCCAAGAGGUAUGGGGACAAGUUGCCUGGAGUUGACAUUUUUGUAUGCACGGCUGAUCCCACAAUAGAGCCACCAACAAUGGUGGUUAACACCGUUUUAUCAGUCAUGUCAUACAAUUAUUCGUCGAAAAAAUUGAGCGUUUACCUCUCCGAUGAUGGUGGGUCAGAAUUCACAUUCUAUGCUCUCUUAGAGGCCUCUGCGUUCUCUAAACAUUGGAUACCAUUUUGCAACAAGUUCAAGGUUGAACCAAGGUCUCCGGAAGCCUAUUUUUCUCGGAAUUCUGACACACAAGACACAGCAUUCGAACAAGAAUGGUUGGCUAUUAAGAAACUAUAUGAAGAUAUGAAAAUCCGGAUCGAAACAGCCAUUGAAAAGGGUUGUAUUUCCAAAGAUAUAAGGGAUCAACAUAAAGGAUUCAAAGAAUGGAGCUCUGAAGUAACAAAGAACAAUCACCAGUCAAUAGUGCAGAUUUUAAUUGAUGGAAGGAGCCCCAGUGCAGUGGAUAAUAAUGGACAUCAAUUGCCAACAUUAGUGUAUUUGGCACGAGAGAAGAGGCCUCAAUGGCCUCAUAACUUCAAAGCUGGGUCCAUGAAUGCACUGAUUAGGGUGUCAUCAGAAAUAAGCAAUGGACCGAUCAUCCUCAACGUGGAUUGUGACAUGUACUCCAACAAUUCAGACGCAAUAUUGGAGUCAUUGUGCUUCUUCAUGGACGAAGAGCAAGGCCACCAAAUCUCAUAUGUACAGUAUCCUCAGUGGUACAAUAACAUCACUAAGAAUGAUAUCUAUUCUAGCGUAGCCAAUGCAAUUAAUAAGAUUGAGCUUGCUGGUUUAGAUGGAUGUAGUGGUGCCUUGUAUGGUGGCACUGGAUGCUUUCAUAGGAGAGAGGGUCUUUGUGGAAGGAAGUACUCUAAGGAUCACAGAGCACAAUGGGACAGAGUGACUACUAAAAGUAAAGAUGCUACUGCAGAGAAAUUGGAAGAAGCAUCAAAAGUUCUUGCAAAUUGUAGUUAUGAGAAGGGUACUCAAUGGGGCAUAGAGAUGGGGUUGAUAUAUGGGUGUCCAGUGGAAGAUAUAGUAACAGGGUUGGCAAUCCAAUGCAGGGGAUGGAAAUCUGUUUACUAUAAUCCACAUAAAAAGUCCUUCUUGGGUCUUGCUCCAGCUACAUUAGAUCAAUCUCUUGUUCAGUUCAAGAGGUGGUCUGAGGGCAUGUUUCAGGUUUUCUUCUCCAAGUAUUGCCCUUUCAUUUAUGGGCAUGGGAGGAUCAAAUUUGGUGCCCAAAUGGGACUCUGUAUUUACCUUUUGUGGGCUCCACUUUCCUUUCCCACAUUGUAUUAUGUCAUUGUUCCUUCCCUUUGCUUGCUCCAUGGCAUUCCCUUGUUCCCAAAGGUUUCCAGCCUGUGGUUCUUGCCCUUUGCAUAUGUAUUUGUAGCCAGGAAUGCUUGUAGCAUAUUUGAGGCCAUUAUUUGUGGAGAUACACUCCAAGCAUGGUGGAACGCACAAAGAAUGUUGGUGUUUAGGAGGACGACUUCAUUUUUCUUCGCCUUCAUGGACAACAUUCUCCGGCAACUUGGCUGUCAUCAAACAGCUUUCGCCAUCACGGCUAAGGUGAUCGAUGAUGAUGUGUUGAAGCGAUACGAGCAAGAUAUCUUUGAGUUUGGAAGCUCAUCUGUCAUGACAACCAUUAUAGCAACACUAGCAAUGCUAAAUCUUUUCGGUUUAGCUGAAGGAAUGAAGAGAUUUGUUUGGGAUAUGGAGUUCACUAGUGCUCUUGAAGGUUUGAUCCCAAAUGUUGUUCUUUGCUGGCUAAUAGUUGUGGUUAAUUUACCUGUUUACAAAGCCCUCUUCCUCAGGAGUGACAAGGGUAGCAUGCCAUCAUCUGUUAUGUUCAAGUCUCUGGCCAUAGCUUCACUGGCAUGUCUGGUGCCUGUUUAUUAAAACAAAGGGCAAAUUCAUUGCAAGGAGGGUUAGAUUUACACAAUCUUACAUCGGCAUAGAGAGAGGAUGUAUCCUUAUUUCGAACCAGAAAUCUCUACGUCCCAAUGGAGUAACCUUUACCAUUGCACUAAGGCUCGCCUUCAUAUAAAGUUUAUUGAAACAAUUUUACCGCAUUGCCUUCCCUUGUAUGUCUGGUGUAACAACUUAAUUUAGUAAAAAUUAGUGAUUUUAAUGAGAAUUUCUUUAGUACUUCAUAUAAUUUGUAUUUUUAUUUUUGGGUAAAAUACAUUCAUGUAUCUAGUAAUAUAAGUAGCAUUGUUGUUUC